AUGCCUCCUGCCAAGCUGGCCACCCUCCUGCGCCAGCUGGACUCCCUCUCGCGCCUGUCGGCCACCUCCUUACCUUCCAAGUACAUGCCUCAUGCCGGCUUCUCCUGGGCGCCUUUCGGCUGCGCCCGGGCCCUGCGCACCUGCACCCCAACCCGGGCGAGCUUCUCCCGCAGCCCGGAUGCCCGCCCCGCCCCCCCCUGCCUCCCCCAUGGCCCGCUCCUGGACCGGGGCCCCUGGCGGCACGCCCGCCGGAUGAGCGUGGAGGUGGCCGCUGCCCGCCACUCGGGCGGGCCCCAGGGUGUAAACCCGGGCGCCCUUGUCCAGUUCCGUCGCGGCGAGGAGUUCCACCUGGGGCGCGUGGUGCGCCCCAACUCCCGCGGCUGGCAGGUGCAGGACGCGUCGGGGGCGCUGUACGGCAUCCGCGCCCAGGACAUCGCGUACCGCCUGCCCGGCGAGGACGCUGACCUGGCGGUGCUGACCGCGGAGGUGGAGGGCAUGCUGGACCCGGCCCUGCUGGCUCUGGGGUGGGAGGUGUCGGAGGCCUCCGCGCUGUACAGCCCCCCGCCUGGGGCCUGGGCGGCGGGGCCGCACGCCGAGCGCAUGGCUACGCUGGCCGCCUACGCGCUGGGCCGCGCCACGGUGCGCGAACACGCGCGUGCGGUCAACCUGCUGCACGACCUGCAUGCCUCGCCCACCGCGCACGCAGCGGGCGCGCUGCUGCAGGAGGUCGGCGCGCUGCCCGCCGACGUCGACCUGGCGCUGCUGGCGGCUGGCACCACCGAGGUGGACGACGGCCUGGCGGUGGAGGCCACGCCUGACGGCCGCCUGCGGGUGUGGGUGCACGUCGCCGACCCCGCGCGCUGGGUGCAGCCCGGGUCGGAGCUGGCACGGGAGGCCGCGCGCCGGGCCAAGUCGGUCUACCUGCCCAACGCGCUGGUGCCCAUGUUCCCCCUGGCCCUGGCAGAGGGGCCAUUCAGUCUGACCCAGGACGUCGCGGGGCCCGCGCUGAGCUUCGGCUUUGUCCUCAAUGAAGACGGGUCGCUGGACGCAGACUCCAUAGAGGCCUGCCCCUCGAUCGUGUGCCCAUCCCGGCGGCUGAGCUACGACGACGUGGACAGCAUGCUGCUGGAAUGCACGCCGGAGCAGGAGCCAGACAUGUUCCGGCUGCAUGCGGCGUCACUCGCGCGCGUGGCAUGGCGCACAAGCCAGGGCGCCAUCCAGUUCUCCAUGCCGGAGGCCUCCAUCGGCCUGGCCAGCGGCCCCGACGGGCGGCAGCGUGUGACCAUCCAGGACCUGCAGUCACGGGAGUCGGCCUCGCGCCUGCUGGUGGCGGAGAUGAUGAUCGCGGCGGGGGAGGCCGCCGCACUCCUAGGCCCGCGACUGGGCGUGGCGCUGCCGUACCGCGGCCAGCCCGCCCCCGUCCUGCCCAGCGAGGAAGAGCUCGGGGCGCUGCCGGCGGGUCUGGCGCGUGACGCGCUGCUCCGCUCGCGCAUGAUGCGCAGCGCCAUGGGCGUGGAGCGGCCGCUGCCCCACGCGGGCCUUGGCCUGCCCGGCUACGUCCAGGCCCUGGCCAUGGAGGUGGACACCACCACCAGCAUCACGCAGGCGGCGCUGAAGAUCGAGCGGGAGGUGGAGUCUCGGUGGGUGGCCCGCUACUUUGAGGAGCGGCUGGCAGAGGACCCGGGCAGCACCUGGUCUGGCACCAUGCUCUCCUGGCUGCGCCAGGAGCUGGGCCUGGCCAAGGUCGCGCUGGACUACCUGGGCCUGGAGAUGGUGGUGCGGGUCAGCCGCCCCGUCACGCCCGGCACGCGCUUUGCGCUACGCUGCACCAACGUGGACCGCGACACCGGGGUGGUGCAGCUGGAGGCAGGGGCCAACGUGCGAUGA